UUUUUUUUUUUUNAAUGUCAUAACAAAUAACACUGAUUUUAUUUUAUUUUUUUUAAUAAAAAACAAAUAUUUACAUUUAUGAAUAUUUAAUCACUUUAUUAUGAAAUAAUCACAUUAACUAACACAGCUGUGUUUUACUAUUUAUACCAUUAUACUAUCACAAAAUAGUCACAUUAACUAAUGCGAUUAUAUUUUCAUUUCACACUAAUAUUCUACUUAAUUUUCCUAGCACGAGAAACCAAAAAAACCAUCCCUUUUCCUUUACAAAAGAAGCCAAAUUUGGAGAUAGUUUACUUCUUCUCAACACCCUUCACACAUUCCACCCAACUGGUCCCUACUAAAAAUCCUUAAUAACCAAUAAAACAUCAUAAAUGGCCCCAAAACAUAUAACAUUCACUGAAAAUUCAAGUUAACAGCUGCCAAGAUAAUAAUUUUUUUCCAGAAAAUUAAUUAGGUGAUGAAUAAAACAGUUUUGUCUUAGCACAUACUUUUCCCUCUUUUUUUUUGUGUUGUCUGUCUGGCAUUCUGUUAUACUUCACCUUAUCCUCAUUUUGAACCAAAGAACAUGCCUUAUUGGCUUCAAAGUUCAAACCCAUUUUCUGGCUUCAGAUUUCAACUCACUAAAAAUAAUAUUCUUUCAGUGUUUAAACUUUAAACCCCACCAACACAAUCUUUUGUCCCCUUAAAUUCUUUCCUUUUUUUCAUUACAACAAAACACCAUAUUCAUCGUUUCUGUUCAAGAAAUGGAGAAGUUCAUGCAGAGGGAAAAUGUUCAAGUGGGCUUAUCCUCCUCUGCAAGAGGCCCAAGCUCCGAUGACGUGGACUUCAACGAUGUUUUCGGGGGCCCGCCGAGGCGGUUUUCGAUGCAGGAGCCCAAUAAGGAGAAGGCCCGUUUGCCAUGGGUCGAGAAGCCCAUUUUCGGUGAGGAAAGCGGGCCGAGAAGGAGGCAGCAAAGGGACGACUUUUUUGACGACAUAUUUAGGGGUUCGAAGGAAAACGAUCGAGAUGGGGUAUUCGGGUCGGGCCCCGGUUCGAGGAUCAUGAGCCCGGUUAGGCCCUUUUCGCCUAAAACCGAGCCUUUUGGCACCUCCCUACCAACUCAGUUUAGUCUCCCUGCAAAAUUUAUCAAAACUGUCGAGCUCCCGCCUUUUGGUUCGAACAUAAACGCAUUAAGCAGUCCACAGUCUUCAAGCCCAUCAUCAAGAUUUUCGAGUCAGUCGAUCAAGGGCCAGGAUCAUAAGACGAGAAGAAAUCGAGUCGAUUCUUAUGAUUCGCCUCUUGCCGAUGAAAGUUUCCAUUUCUCGAUUUAUAAAUGGGCGGGCUGGGAAGUCCCGGUUCUGUUGCCGGGCUUUCUGGCUGGGAAUAGUUUGAAGUCGAAAAAAAGCAGCGGUUAUUAUGAUGAUAUAACAAUGGAGCUCGAAAAUGAAGUUUCAAGAACAAAAUCAGGAGUAAGUGUAAAUGAAAAUGUAGUUCUUGAAGGUGAAAAAGCUUGUGUAGAGAAAAAAGUUGAAAAAAAACAAGUCCUUUUGAAGAAGGAGAUUAAGUCUCUCGAGAAAGAGGCGAAGAAGCCUCUUCGAGCUUUUCUGCAUUGUGACGAGGUCGACCAGAAGCCAAAGCCAGAAAUUGGUGCGGCUAAUUCGCGUGACGUAAAAAAUGCCAAUAAACAUGAAAAAAAGACCAAUGUCAACAAGGUACAACAUGGUGCAGCUGCAAAUUCAGUAAAAAGUAGUGUGUCCAGAGGAAAGGUGAAGGAGUUUGUUCAAAUUUUCAACCAAAACGAGACCCAAGUGAUUUUGAAUGCGGCAAAAGAUAAAGAAAAAGUUCAUGAAGCUUAUAAGAAAUCAGAUGUUUCACUCAAGGUUGACAUGAGCAUAAACGACAAAGGAUCACGAGAGCACUCAAGUAAACCAGUUUCAACCAAUGUCAAGAAAAACAUUUCUUCAGAGUCGUUUCACAAGGAAUCAAAGGUUGCACCGGAAAAUCUGGAUGAUUCUUUAGAAGACAACUUCAUGGUUCAGGAAUUAUCUUAUGAUCAUGAAAAGGUCACACGGGAUGAAGGUUGUGAAGACACGAAAACUAUAGAUGCAAAAAUUCAACAAUGGUCAUUUGGGAAGAAAGGAAAUAUUCGUUCGCUUCUAUCAACAUUGCAAUGCGUUCUUUGGAGUGGAAGUGGAUGGAAUCCGGUUCCUCUUGUCGAUUUAAUCGAAACAAAUUCUGUAAAACGAGCUUAUCAAAAAGCUCUAUUAAGACUUCAUCCGGAUAAGCUUCAGCAAAAAGGUGCUGCUUUUCAUCAAAAGUACAUUGCAGAGAAAGUUUUCGACAUUCUUCAGGAGGCGUGGGAUCAUUUCAACAGCUCAUCUAUAAACUUGUGAUAGAAUCGUAACAAAUGCAGGUGUAAAUAUCAUUUUGAAACU